GUAACAAGUUCAGCUUUGCACCCCGUUUUGAUUGGGGUUGUGCGAUUCUGGCUAUCUUCAACAUCCUUCUUGCUGUUGUUGCUAUGACUAUUGGUGAUGGGAAUCCGUGUCCCGAUGAAGGUUUAGGUUUCGGCCUUGCUCUAGUCUGUGUCUUCUUGCUCGGUUUUGGCCAUGCGUUGAUGGAGUCUUCUUCCUUCGGUCUGGCAGCUCUUUGUCCACAAUCGUGCAUGAUCGCGGAUAUGACUGGUGAAGGUGUGGCCGGUUUGGUUGGUUGGCCUAUCAAUAUGUUGCUACAAGUCAUUUUUGAUGCUGGUAAUGUACGUCGUCAGCCAGAGUGGCAGUGCCUGGUCUUUUUCUGCGUUACUUCUGUCAUUACUGUUUUUGUUAUACCUAUGUAUCGAUGCAUCACCUCCAAGCACCCUUAUAUGAGAGAGGUGUUGAAGAUCGAGGAGAAGCGUAAGACGGCCAGUUUGAAAACCCGUCAGACUAGACGUCCGGUUGUUUACAUCGUCAAGGAUAUCUUGCCUAUGGCAUUAUGUGCAUGGGGUACCAUGGGUGUCACUUUCGUGGUCUUCCCUGCACAAGUGUCCUAUUGGAAGUCCGAGGAUCCUAGCAAUACUGACUUCGUAGCGCAUGUUAUCUACACCUUCCAGGUUGUGGAUACCAUCGGACGUUUCGCGCCGAGUUUGAAGUUCGACAUGCCUGAAUG